AUGAUUGAUUUAACACUAUAUUUUUGUCCAGAGUGUGAAAGUGAAUCUAGUGAUUCAGAUAAAUGUACUAAUCCGUAUUGUUCAUACAACACCAACACAUUAAUACCACCUCACAUAUGUAUGAUAAUGAAUAUUCACCAACAAAUUGAACAAGUCUUAAGAUCGAUCAAUCGAAAUGAUUUACAUUUACCAGCGGAUAAAUAUAGAAAUUCUAAAAAAUCAAUGGCUGAUAUUCAAGAUGGACAUGUUUAUACAAACAUCUUACACUCAUUGGAAAAUGAACGUCAAUCAAAGUUUAUAUCUUUAACAUGUAACAUUGAUGGUACAGCAGUUUAUACAAGUAGUGAACAAAGCAUGUGGACCUUCACAGCUUGUAUAAAUGAACUGAAGCGAACAAUACGUUUUUCUAUUGAGAAUAUUAUUGGAUGUACAACACCAGCAAAAAUUCACGCAACCCUAGCAAAAUCAAAAAAAAUAACAACCACAUAUAUUCGGAUUUUCCCAACACGAACAAAUGAAGAACCGCAAAUGAGAUCAAAUGAUCGAUGGCAUGAAAUAAGUCAUGCUCUUCAAAAUGGUCAUGUUUUUUUUACUGAAGAUAAGGAAACACAUUCGUUUGGUUAUGCAGGUGAAUCGGAAUUUACCAGUUUAGCAUUUGUUGAUCGUGGUACAUCUUUUAUGAGCGAUACUUUGCAUACGAUCUAUCAUGGUGCUUUUGUGCGUACAAAAGAUUUUUUUAAAAUAGAGUUUCGUACAAGUUUUACAAAAUGA